CAUUUGCCGUGUGUGCGAAACCGCAUACAGUCCGAAACCGGGUACACUGACUCUACAGUUACAACCAGUCACCACUCAUUCAUCUGUAAGCAAGCGUUAACAAUGCCGGAAAAUAGUUAUCAUCAGCUCUUGGUGUUUAUUCAGUUCAUCUGUCCAAAGCCACUACGCUGCCUUCUUUAUAAUCUGGCAAAGGAAACAGUGACAUCGGAAAAACCUUUCGAUUUUGACAGGUUCCUUCUUUCCGAGAAGACCUCGCUGGACCAUUUGGUAAAAACAAACAAAAUACGCCAGAGCCAGUACCACCGUAUAUAUCAUAUUGCUGGUAAAUCAAAUAUAAAUGACUUAGAUGUACUGUCUUUAGUCAUGCUCUUACAACAUAUGUUUGGAGAAGUGCUUACUACAGACGAAGCUAAUGCGAUAGAGUGUAUAAGACGGAAAUACUACAUGCUCCAUGUGCUGGCAUUUAAAAACUCAACACAAAUAACAAGUGACUAUUUUGAACGUACAUGGACGCAGCUAAAGGAAGCUACUUUAACACUUGCAAACCAUGCAGACGAGACAGGUGAUUUCAGAAGUAAAAUUAGUGAGCUCAUUGCACAAGCAAAAUGCAAUUAUUUACCAAACGCAUCAAGCUAUGUCCAAGCUUGGUAUAAAGAAGUAUUGACUUUUCAACGACAAGCAGACAAUGAAGAGGGUCAAUGUUUUGAAUGCAAAUUAGAGGAAAAUGUGACCGUCGCUAUGGAAGAAGAUACGAGUAAUGACCCUUUCCUGAAAAUAUUAGAGGAUAAUGCAACCGUCGUUGAAGAAGAAGAUAAAAACUCCUCCCGAGGAAUCCCAGAGAAAGAAACUCCCCUCACUAGUCUAAGAGAAGAACAACACGACGUUUUUCAGAGAUUACCAGAGGAAGAAACGCCCCUCACUAGUCUAAAAGAAGAACAGCACGACGUUUUUCAGAGAUUACCAGAUCGCUCUUGUCACAGAAUUGAAACGACCGAAAACGAGAUAAAUGGAACGGCACAAUUGGACAAGGACAUUAAACAUUACAAAGUUCCUUUAACUCGCUGGCCAAGGUUACAGCAUUCGCAUGAGGUAAUUAGAACGCUUAUCGGCUACUGCCAUGAACUUGAAAAGAAAUUAGAGUUACCUGGAACAGUUACACAAGAUACGGACCAUAUAGAUAAUGUGGACGUUUUUGUGAGGGACAUGGCCUUUGAUAUAACAUACUUAUCGACCGAACCAGAAGAAGUUUUGCAAGAAGAUUCUGAAUAUAUGAGAUACGGUAUGAAGAACAGGUUCGCUGGAAUUUUGAUUGACUCCGACGGGAUAAGAUUAAUUGAUCCAGUGUCUAAGGAAACACGUUCUGUUAAAUAUGAUAUCAACAUGAAAAGCGAAUGCCAUAGUAGGAUGUCUCACAUAAGUAACCUGAUAGAGCUUGCUGUUUUCAAGCCAUUAUUGGAGAAAAUUAAUCUUCUACGAGACCUGAUAUGCGCUUCUUCAGACCUGGAAAUGCAGGAUGCAACAGAAUCCAGAAUCUUAUAUGACCGCAGCAAGCCUUCUGAAACAAUGGAUACUGCAAGAAAUAGACAACAUUUGCGCAGAGACGGAAUGGACUAUGAAUUAAACCAGGACAUUAUAAGAAACAUUCGACAGCACAAAAAGCUAAUAGACAGACUGUUGGGGGAAAUGAUUGCUCUGACGAACAGAAGUGAAAAUGUGCGCCCAAUGAUAGAAGGUUAUGAGACAAAAGAAAUAAGUAAACAGAUUGCAGAGGAUCUGUUUCAGCUGCAUCCAACCAUAAAAUGGUGUGGGUAUCGCUACAGUACACUACACAUUCAUACAGAGCACAUAUCGGACUCAUCCGAAAAUGAUCGUCUUAACGAAAAAAUAAAAGACUUUUUAUCAAGGAAAGACAUAAAAGAUUACAUAAUAGUUGUCAUCGGAAAAAAUAUUAAAGAAUACAACUAUGUUGGUGCAGAGAUACAGUCUGAAGCUGAUAAAAAAGCAACCCUCGGGUGUUUUUCAGUAUAUAAGAAAGGAAACCAGAAAUCUGUUUGUGGUCUACUGUCAAAACAUUUUGUUUUAGGCACCAGUAGAAUAUUUGUUAAGGACGCAAUUCAUUUUGGUACAGUUUUGCCAGCCACAAAUAUAGAAGGUGGCCUUGACAUCGCUGCCAUGGAAAUAGUAAAACAACAUAUCCAGGGUUUAGACAUGAGUUUUAAAAACUAUGAAAACGAGACUAGACCAGCGUAUUUGUAUGACAACACUGAUAAUAAAAUGCUACAGGAUCAACCAGUGUAUUUGAGGGGAGCGAUGACUAAACUAGGUGUAGGUACAAUACAUAUACCAACGUUACAAUGCUCUGACGACACUGACAAGGCCUAUAUUCAAAUAUUUGACGGUAACUUUACUCUGAAUAUGCCUUUCGGAAGACUGGCAGUAGAAGGAGACAGUGGAGCUAUACUAUGCAUGGAUGAAUUAGGCACGAAAAAUGUAUGUGUCAUUUCUAUGCUUAUGGGUGAGCUUUUACGUGAGCCGGAAGAAGAGGAAAGAAUGUACAGUACCCUUCGUUUGUCAUGCGGCUUAAAGUAUUUAGAGGACAAAACACAGGGCAAAUUUACACUCGGAGGUACAUUUUUCCGGAACAGAAAUAAACAAAUUCUUUGGGAUCUGUUGGAGUCACUCCCUACCGGAACAAAUGAAACUGGACGUGGAGAAAAAACGAAACCAAUCGAAAAUAAGAACAUAGAUGAAACAGCUUCCACUGAUUAAAACAACGAGCAUAGUAGUACAUACCAAUGUGUACAGCAAAUAUUGUUGACGGAUAUUUCCAGUAAUACCUACGCGACAAUUGCUAAGGAAAGAUUUACUAGCGUGAAUUUGUUUAGCCCGAUUACGUCUUUCUUUAAAGUGCGUUUGGUAAAAAAUACAUAACUAUGCAAUUUAAGCGUUUGUAACAUAGGACUCGUAGACACUUUUACUGCCGCCACAUGUAAAUAUGUCUGGAAAGUCCCGGAGAGUACUGCUCAUGAUUUCAUGAUUAGUGAGAAAGUUUAGUUUUUAAAGUAUUAAACCUGUAAUAGAUACCUCCUUUUUGAGUAUUCAAAUCCUACAAUAAACCUACUUUGACUGAAAUUGUUCAUGGGGCACAGAUUCAAGCCCCACUGGGACCAAAUUUUUCCCCUUAUUUUCCUUUUUUCCUUAUAAGUUUUUACUUUUUUCAAGACUUGCUAUUGAUUUAUUGUACAAAAGUGGAAAUAUUUCAUUUGAUAAGCAAUUUCUUGCUGUUCAAAGUGAAUUUACCUCUGAAAUAGAAGGGGGUGGAGUUAGACAUCUUUAAAAAUAUUGAGUAACAUGCGGUAAAUGUUCUCUAUUUUGCCUUUACUCUUUAGAUUACAUAUUGUGGAAGAAAUGUAGGUAGGUUUUACAUCUGCCUCAAGAUUAUUUUUGAAUGAAGUUAACAAAAUUUAAAACAGUCCCACAGGACUCGACGAUAAUUUUUCUAUGUUGGAGUAUGAAUUCUGUCUCAUUAAACCCGUUUACUUGAGGCACCCUAGACAAAAAUGAUAUUAACAGUUUUAUUUUGUGUUUUAUUAUUGUUUACCAAUAGUUUCAUGUUUCUUUUAAUAAAAUUAAUGGUAUAAUGAAUUCUCUGCAAACGUUUUGGACAGUGGCUAUCACUUUGCAAUUUGUCUCUACUUGAGCUCGAGAAAAUACAAUAAAUCAUACAAAUUUAAUAAACAACGGCACGGUAAAAGUUGUUCAAAAAUUGCAACACAAUGCAACACACAGUCAACUUUAAGAAUAUACCUAGCAAGUACCAUUUUUUUUAACAUUACUAUUAGGGGUCCAAUACCUUAUGUUUGAAAAAUAUCUGGGAACGUGCUCUAAUAUCUUUAUUUCUGCUCCCAUUUCCUUAAUUUGAAAAUAUGACAGACAGGCGCGUAGUGAAAAUCCCGCAAGCAUACACAGUUAAAUUGGCUUAUCUCUUUGGUUGCAAUAAGAAGUCUAUAUCAUGCAACAGAGAUUGCUUCAUCUGCAGUCAUUGCUGACAUCAUAUUUUGUUUGAAGUACAGUAAGGUAAACUCCGGUUAGCGAACUCAUUGGGACAAAAUGUGUUCGUUAUAGCCUUAUAGGCAUUAUUUGUAUAGCAAACUGAUUUAUAUAUCUAGUUUUUUUUAAGUGCAUUGAAAUUCACCAAUUGUUUUUAUAUUUUUGUAACAAUUUAGUUUUGCAAUGUAUUUCAUUAUUCUACUAUCCUUAACAUGUGAAAUAUUACAAUCAUAUGCCGUCUAUGCUAACAGUUAAAAAAGGCAAUUUCUAUGACAAAAUUAUAAUACAAUUACAAAAGUAGAUAUGAUUUUGAUUGAAAAAUCGGCAAAGAAAUACAUUUUCAAGCCUGAAAUCUUUUACAUAGGACUUUUUGUAUAACACUUCAGACGUAAUUUGUCACGCAUAAUAAUCAUUACGUAAUUUUCAGAUAUCAUAGAUAUAUCUUAUUGUAACAGUCUCAGGAAAAAUGUGCAGCCUCGACCGGGAUUCGAACCUCGGACCUUCGGGUAACCGUGCCAACGCUCCACCAAUUGAGCCACCGAGGCCACCCGAUACGAGAACCGCUACACUUUCAGGAGCUUUUCCAUCGCAAUCUUGCGCUUCGCAUAUCGCUAGAGAAGGUGAUGCAUGAAGCGCGAAGCGUAAAAUUGAGAAAUAAUUCGAAUUGUGUAAGAAACAUUUUGCAAAAUGCUGUUUUAGUUGAAAAAAAAGCUAAGGGAGUUGACGUAAUAAAGAUGUCGAUGUCCUUUGCCGAAUGCUUUCCCGACGCUCAAAGUGCACUCGUUUAUUUUGAUAAAUAUACUGUUGGACCCUUAAAACAUCAAGAUGUGUAUGCAUUUAUCGUUUGUACAAAAAGGAACUGGUAAUUAUUAUAUAUGAAACUGAAAAGUAUUAAAGGUUAGGCAGUAAAAAGACAUUGACAAUCCCAUUAAGUUCACAUAAAGCUUCAUGUGUGCCGGGAAACGAAACUUAUAUUUUGAUCAACUCUGUUACCACGGGUUUAAAAACAGAUAAGACUGAUUCCGGAUGGAAAUGUAACAAUUUAGAAAUUAAAAUUUCUAAGAUUUCUGUUCAAAUACAGUCAUAUCUUUCAAAGUCUCUUUUUCGUCGCAGUCGCAGAGUUCCUCUGAGAAUUUGAUUUUCGAGAAACAGUUCAAAGGAAUAACAAUGCCGAAAAUCUCAAUGAUAAAGUGACAGCUUUUUGUCGGCGUUAAUUUGGAGAUGGAACGAAAUGUCAUAUCUGUUGACAAGGUUAAUAUAAAGUGACAUCAUUCAUGUUAUUGAUAUAUGUACAGUUAGAAAAAUAAUUAUAUCGUAAUAGGUUAUCAAAAUUACCAGAAGAAAAAUCAUGGCCAUUGCGUACAUUCAACGGAAAUGUUUUGUUUGUAGGCUAGCGUAUUAUUUUCUUUUUAGAUAUUGCGUCACUCACAAACAGAACGAUGACACCAGUAUAGGUCUACGUCAUGUUCAAAAUAGAACUGCUUUCGCAAGGAAGACAAUGUCAUAAUGUUAACAGCAGAAAUUUAGGCGAAAGUUUAUUUACAUGUAUUUUUAAAUGAGAUUAGGUAUAAAACACUAGACCACCUGCCUGAUGGGAGUGUGUGGGUGUGUGUGUGGGUGGGGGGUGUAAAGGGCGCCUGCUUAAUAUUUUGUUACAAGUCUUAAAAGUGUCCAUUCUUGACAUAAUUAUGUGACAGUUACAAUAUCCCUCGGAUAUAUUCUGAAGAUGUUUCCGAUGGCGGGACAAUUGACCAGAACAUAUUUUUGAUAAUAUUCUGUCUUUACUUAUCGACUGACAUGUGCAUUUAUACAUUCAGUUCAUUUAAAUAUUUCCAGCCUCUAAUAAGGUUGACUAGCAUCAGUCCGCAGACAAAUAUCGGGAUAGGACGUAUUUUUAGUAUAUAUAUUAAUUUAACGCUGCUUCUUUCUAAACAACACCACCUAAAAUGCAUGUAGAAUAUUAUUUUCAUGAAGAAUUUUUUGUGUACAUUCCGAAACAGAAUGCAUAGAAUGUGCAUAGUUACGCGCUCAGCGCUGUAAAACUCGGAAACUGUUAAAUAUUUUAGCUAUAAUAAAUAAAAAAAAAAAAAAAAAAAAAAAAAAAAAAAAACAAUUGGAAAUAAAAUUCAAUUGACCUUUUGUUUUAUCUAUGCUUCAAUUGCUUGAAUUAAUUACUUAUGAACAGACACAUUUCUACUUGUUUAUUAUAUCAUUAUUUAUAUUAUUAUUAUUAGAUUUUAAUAAAUAUCAACAUGA